ACGUAUAAAAGCAAACAAACCAGAACAGAGCUUUUUCAGGAUGUGCAAUUUGCACUUCGUUCACUUCUCACUUGGCGUGCAAACCCCUCGCGUGUCCCAUCGCCUUGUGAUCGUAGAACCCCGACUGCCAUCCCUGGCCGAUCUUCCCUUGCAGGGAUGAAAAAGCUAUUCUCCACACCCCGCUUGACUCCAGGGGAGAAGGAAGCAGCGUUGAGGAAAAGACUCCUGUGCUGUUUAAAUAUUAAACAUCUCAGGUUAAGCAGCCACCUCACGCUGGACCUUGGACUUCACAGUGGGAGCUGAGAUGAAGCAGAAAAAGGGACUCCGGGACACCACAGAGUCAACCAUGAAAUUUGAAUUUAACCCGAAAGAAGGAAUCGAUAAUCCCGCCUUAUCCCUGGCAGAGGAUUCCGAACCAGAAAGGGCUUCCCGGGUACGCUUCUGCUUCCUGAAGAAAGAAGGUGGUGAGAACCUGGGCUUCUGGUUGUGCCAGGUGGCCAGAGGGAAGAGCCCCAUGGUGCGAAAGGUGACGCUGGGAGGCCUGGCCUACCGCAGGGGCCUCCGGGAUGGAGACCGGAUCCUUGAGGUCAACGGUGUUAAUGUUGAAGGCAUGGAAUAUCUUCAGGUGAUUUGGAAGAUCAAGAGCAGCGCGAAGCAAGUCUUGCUCACUGUUCUGGAAGGGAACACCUAUGAAGUAACCAAAGCCCUCAACCGAGAUCUUGACCGGCUCUUGUCCAGUUAUAGCAGGCCACGCCUGUGCUGCGUUUCCAAAGGCCCAAACGGCUUCGGCUUCAGCGUGUCAGCUCCAGAAGGUGUGACCGGCAUAUUCCAACUCUCUGUGCUGCAGGACGGGCCAGCUCACAAAGCAGGUGUGCUGCACGGGUCCUGGCUUCUGGAGCUCAACGGUGUCAGUGUUAAGAAUUGGACUACUGCACAACUCAACCAAAAGCUCAAACAGAGCAGCAGCCCCAUGGGACUGUUGAUGAUCGACAGCCGGUCGGAAGAGGCUUACCAACAGUGUGGUGUUAAAGUUACAGCUGCUCUGGCUGAUGCCUCCUGGGUUCCAUUCCAAGUGAGGAAGCUCCAUAUGAUGCGAGGGGAAGACGGAUAUGGAUUCUUGAUGAAAGAAGAAAAAACUGGCUCCGGGAAGAGGGCCCAAUUUUUGAGAGAGGUAGAUGCUGGGCUACCAGCUGAGAAGGCAGGGGUGAGGGAAGGUGACUGCCUCCUGGCCGUGAAUGGCGAGAUUGUUGAAGACCUUGACCACCAGGAGGUGGUGUCGAGGAUCCGUGCUGACAACCAACGGGUGACUCUAUUAGUCAUUGACUCAGAAGGAAGCAAGUUCUACAAUAUGGUUGGAGUAUCUCCUUUACUGUUCUAUGAUGAUGAAGACUCUGCAUCAAGCUUUCUGAUCACUCACGGUUCUACUUCUCCCAGCAUCCUUCAGGAAAAAAGCUGCCCCGCUUUGAUACCUUGUGAGUGUCAGCAAUCUAGCAAUGCAGCCCCAGCUGGCCAGCCUGACCCUACUGCAUGGACCUUCAUUAGAGAGGACCAUCAUGGCUUUAGCCAGGCAUUCUAGAGUGUACCCUGAUCGCUCCUUGGUCUCAAUGGAAAAAAUGAGCACCUUUGCACAAAUUUCCAGCACUGCAAGUUGACCUCAUCUCUCCAGACCAGCUUUUCCAAUCCCUCUUCUGCCUCAUGUGUCAAUCUGUCUUUGCACUCCAAAUGAUUCCUGCAGAACUUGGCAAGUGGGCCAAAGAUUCAAAGCAGAGCAUGAUCAGAGAUGGAAUACAUGAGUCAGGCCAUCAUGUGGGAGCUCCUUUGGGCAAGGAGGCUGGAAAUAUUGCAACACAAGGAUGGCCCUCGUUCAGUGAGUUUUGUGGAAGGGAAGCUAAUCUUGCAGUCCUAUCUGAAAGUGAUACCGUGCUCCAUCCCCACAUAAUUCCUACCAGCAGAAUGUAAAUGAAGAGUGUUUACCACUUCAUUCUGGCUCCAUUUCCCCCAUCAAAAUAUUCCUUCUUAUUGGAACCAGUGAAAUCAAGCACCAUACCUCCUUCCAACUUUUUCUGACAAUCAACCUAUCAAUUUUGCAUAAAGCAGACUGUGAAGGUUAGCAGAAAGUGAGGGAGGGGCUUCCAAUCUCAGAUUUCCCUCUUCGGGGUCUUUUUCUGAGAGGAGAGGCAAGGUAUCUUCUGUUCUGAGGGAUACCCUCCAAAGUCGACAGGAUUAUCCCCUCAGCUAUGUCAACGGGAAUCAAUGUGUUCUGAAACAGAAAACUGAAAGAUAUAACAGGACUACCUGAUCUGGAACGUCUUUCUUUCCUUGAUUUGAGCUGUGUAAGAAAAGAGUUUGUUAAUGAUGGAAAGUGCUUUUCAUCCACUUAAAGACUCAACAGUUUGGAUUCACACAUCACACUAAGCCAUGAUUUGCUUUAAUAAUGGUUUGUUGCAAGUCACAGGGACCGGCUUCACACAUGGCACUAAACCAACCCAAAUAAACCACGCUGUGUUUUAAUGCAGCGCGUGCUGCUGCUGA